CUAACAUGUUUACUUGACGACUACCCUUGUUGCCCAUGAAGUUUCAGUUGCUGCUUGCUUUCUUAGCUGGACUGGUGUCCUGGCUGUGUUUCCCAAUUCACUCGCAAGUUAGCGUCCUACUCCCCCGCGCUGCCCGGAUACUCUUGUUGACGGCACACCCCGACGAUGAAUGCUUUUUCUUCACACCGACUAUACUGGCACUUCGACAAGACGUCUCACAACUUGAGGUCUAUUCGUUGUGCUUGUCCACAGGGGAUGCGGAAGGCCUAGGCAACAAAAGGAGAGCAGAGCUAGAUCGCAGUCUCGACGUGCUUGGCGUUGACCGCGACAAACGCUGGGUGGUUGACCACCCCUUACUCCAGGAUAAUAUUACCAUGACAUGGGAGGCAUCAGUCAUUGCAGAUGUCCUUGCCCCGUUCGUCGUGGACAACAACAUUUCAGUGAUCUUGACCUUCGACACACAGGGAAUUUCCUCACACCCGAACCACUAUUCCCUUCCGUUUGGUGCAUCGCAUCUCACUCGUAUACUGUCUUCUACAACGUCUCGAACUGAGAACGUUCCCCGUGUACUUGGCCUGCUUACUGUCCCAGUCGUGCCGAAAUACUUUGGUAUCCUUUCUGUUCCACUUGCUCGCGCCAGGAUUAUCCUGUCUCGGCUGAUACCCAGGCUCCUUUCGCCGUCUACGCCGGUAUUUACUUCUGGUUUCAGGGAAUACUUGAUAGGAGCCCGUGCCAUCCGAGAACAUGAUUCUCAGAUGAUAUGGUUCCGCUAUCUUUAUAUGUUGUUUUCGAGGUAUUUAUGGGUCAACGAGUGGGUUGAAUUCGACCCAGCUACGCUGUCAAAUUAAUACUGUACGCCAGGAAAUGCAAUGCGGAUGCACUAGGAUCUUUGAACUACAUAUCUCUCGUUUCAGGUCGUACGGAAGGGAGUGCUGCGAUGUAGCACAGUUUAUGAUAAGAUUGCG